AUGGAAGCUGAAAGUGGAUUCCAAUCAGACAACAGCCAAAGCCUCCAGAAUGACGAAAUCAAGGAAGUGGACAAGAUGAUGAGCGACUUAUCUCACAAGGACAGUAACUUGAACAACAUGGCUCAGGCUUACUCAUCCAUAAUCAGUCACUUGGGUGAAGAUGUUAACCGUCAAGGACUCUUGAAAACUCCAGAGAGAGCAGCUAAAGCCAUGCUAGCAUUCACUAAAGGAUAUGAACAGCAGUUAGACGAAAUAAUAAAUGAAGCUGUAUUUGAUGAAGACCACGAUGAAAUGGUCAUCGUGAGAGAUAUUGAGAUGUUCUCGCUAUGCGAACAUCAUCUAGUUCCAUUUUUAGGAAAAGUUCACAUUGGAUAUAUUCCCAAUAAGAAAGUGUUGGGAUUAAGCAAACUAGCUCGAAUAGUAGAAAUGUUCAGUAGACGAUUGCAGGUUCAAGAACGUCUUACAAAGCAAAUCGCAACAGCAAUGGUUCAAGCAGUUCAGCCGACAGGAGUUGCUGUUGUCAUCGAGGCCAGUCAUAUGUGCAUGGUUAUGCGCGGAGUUCAGAAGAUCAACGCUACCACCACAACUUCAUGUAUGUUGGGUGUGUUCAGAGAUGAUCCAAAGACUCGCGAAGAAUUUUUAAACUUAAUAAAUAAGAAAUAA